UUGGCAGGUCCACCUGGAUCAGGAAAAGGUACACGAUCACCAGUGAUUAAGGAUGAGUACUGCUUAUGUCACUUGGCCACCGGUGAUAUGCUUAGAGUUGCUGUUUUCACCAAAACUCCACUUGGUAUCAAGGCCAAGGAAGCUAUGGAUAAGGGAGAACUUGUUUCUGAUGACCUGGUUGUUGGUAUUAUUGAUGAAGCGAUGAAGAAACCUUCACGUGCCUUGUCUAGAAUAUUUAUGCUUGCACUCUCAGUUCCCUCCCCACAGAACCUUUAUUUAUUUAUCAUAGUUGUUUUUACCCAUGGACCAUGCAUCUAAUUAUGUUCUUGAUCUUUGCUUUGCAGCUUGAUGAAAUGCUUGAAAGGCAGAGAGUUAAAAUAGAUAAGGUGCUUGAUUUCGCAAUCUUGAUUCAAUUUUGGAGAAGGAUUACUGGUCGUUAGAUCCACCCUUCUAGUGGUAGAUCCUACCAUACGAAAUUUUCACCUCCUAGAGUUCCUGGCGUAGAUGAUGCAAGUCAAACGUAAUCACCCUCAUUCUAAUUAUGUUUCUCAAGUAAAUGAAGAUCCAGUUGCAAGGAAUCUGGUGACAGCCGCCUUUUUCUCCGGUUGAUGAAGUUACUAGACAUGAGACAUUUCAUGUCUUGAUCAAAUGCUAGCUUAUUGGAUUCUUUAUUUUCUUCAAGGUGACCGGAGAACUUUUAAUUCAAUGUA